CCAGAAGGGGAAAUGAAAGAGAAGGGGAAGAAGAGCAAAGAGAAAAGUGAAGAGGAGGAGACCCCAGGUAAAACCCGGAAAAGGAAAUCUAAGGAAGAAGGAGAAGAAAAGAACAGCAAAAAGGCUAAAAAGGAGGAGAAAGAGGAAGAAAAGAAAGAAAAGGCAGAAAAUAAGUGGAAAUGGUGGGAAGAGGAGAAGAAAGAAGACGGCGUAAAGUGGACACAACUGGAGCACCGAGGACCCUACUUCGCCCCCCUCUACGAGCCGUUGCCUGAUGAUGUGCAGUUUUAUUACGAUGGCAAACCCCUGAAGCUGAGCCUGGCCACGGAGGAAAUUGCCACCUUCUAUGCCAAAAUGCUCGAUCAUGAAUACACGACGAAGGAGAUCUUCCAGAACAACUUCUUCAACGACUGGAGGAAGGAGAUGACCUCAAAGGAGCAGAAGAUAAUCAAGGACCUGGACAAGUGCGACUUCACGGAGAUCCACAAGUACUUUGUGGACAAAAGUGAGGCACGGAAAGCACUCUCCAAAGAGGAUAAGCAGAAACUGAAGGAGGAGGCAGAUAAGAUCCAGGAGGAGUAUGGGUACUGCAUCCUGGAUGGGCACCGGGAGAAGAUAGGCAACUUCAAAACUGAGCCGCCGGGGCUGUUCCGUGGACGUGGUGACCACCCCAAAAUGGGCAUGCUGAAGAAAAGGAUCAUGCCAGAAGACGUUAUCAUCAACUGCAGCAAGGACUCCAAGAUCCCCAAGCCACCAGAAGGGCACAAGUGGAAGGAGGUGCGCUUUGACAACACGGUUACCUGGCUGGCCUCGUGGACGGAAAACAUCCAGAACACUUUGAAGUACAUCAUGUUGAACCCCAGCUCCAAGCUGAAGGGGGAGAAAGACUGGCAGAAGUAUGAGGUAGCCCGGCGCUUAAAGGAUGUUGUCCACAAAAUCCGUUCUCAGUACCGAGCCGAUUGGAAGUCCAAGGAGAUGAAGAAGCGGCAAAGAGCAGUGGCCCUCUACUUCAUUGAUAAGCUGGCCCUGCGAGCCGGCAAUGAGAAGGAGGAAGGGGAGACUGCGGACACAGUUGGCUGCUGCUCCUUGCGCGUGGAGCACAUCAAGCUGCACGACAAGCUGGAUGGGCAGGAGCACGUGGUGGAGUUCGACUUCCUUGGGAAAGACUCGAUCCGUUACUACAACAAAGUGUCGGUGGAGAAGCUGGUGUUCAAGAACCUGCAGCUGUUCAUGAAGAACAAGGACCCAGCAGAUGACCUCUUUGACAGGCUCAAUACAUCCAUCUUGAACAGACACCUCCAGAGUCUGAUGGAUGGUUUGACUGCCAAAGUGUUCAGGACCUACAACGCCUCCAUCACCCUGCAGGAGCAGCUCAAGGCACUCACUAACUCUGAAGACAAUGUUGCAGGAAAGCUCCUCUCCUACAACCGAGCUAACCGAGCUGUGGCCAUCCUGUGCAACCAUCAGAGGUCUACACCAAAAACCUUUGAGAAGUCGAUGCAAAACCUCCAGACCAAGAUCGAUGCCAAGAAGCAGCAGGUGGAGGAAGCCCAGCAAGAGCUGAAAAAAGCUGAAGAUGAGUUCAAAGACACAAAAGAUGCCAAAGCAGAAGCCAAUGUGGAGAAGAAAAAGAAGCUGUUGAAGCGGCUGGAAGAGCAGCUGGCCAAGCUGAACGUCCAGGCCACAGACAAGGAGGAGAACAAGCAGAUAGCUCUGGGCACGUCCAAGCUGAAUUACCUGGACCCCAGGAUUAGCAUAGCCUGGUGCAAGAAGUUUGGCGUGCCCAUCGAGAAGAUCUACAACAAGACGCAGAGGGAGAAGUUUGCCUGGGCGAUUGACAUGGCCGAUGAGGACUUUGAAUUCUGAGACAGUGCCUUUCAUGUUACCUCGUGCUCGUUUGGUGCUGUUGGAAAGGGAUUUUUUUAUGUGCUGCUGCAGUUGCAGGGGUGGGGCUGGGGGGUUGUCUAAUGAAAGAGUUUGAUACGGGUAUUUUGUGCCUUUUUUUGUAU